CCAGCUCACUCUCAUCUCAUCUCCUUUCUUCCUCUCUACUGUUUUUUCCUUUAUAGGCUGCAGCUAAUAUCAUAAGAUGAUUUCUGGUUUUUCCACUAUUGCUGCUGCAGUUGUCAUUCUAUUGUGUAUCACUGAUCAAUGCACAGCUCAAGAUACUAACUGUUCUGCUCUGGCCAAUGAUGGUAACUGCAGUUUCUAUGAUUGCUUGCAUACUAAAUUCAACUGUGAUGCAAAAGAUUAUCCUCUUCGCCGUGGUAAACGCUACUGUCAGAAAUACAUUGAUGAAUCGAGUUGCUUCACAACAGCAGGUCAAGUAUGGAUUACUAAUGUCCGUAGAUGUUUGAUGCAGUCUAUUGUCAACAGUACUCUCUAUAAUACUGCAAAUACUGAUUGUGGACAGUUUGAGGCAUUUGCUGUUGCAAGUCAUCCUCAAUGUUACACUGAUAAUAGGUUCUGUUCAGAUAUACUAUUAUCUGAUCAAUGUCAGAACCUUAAUUGUAUUCAAGAUAAAAUUUAUAAUGAUAAUAAAAGUUGGGAUAAAAGUUCACUAAAUCAGAUUAAAACAACAACUGCUUCAUGCCCUUUCCAGAUUGCUACAUUCCUUAGUGAUGCUCCACAGUGCAAUAGGCCUGACAGUUCUCUUGUAUCAGCUAUACAGGAUUAUUUAGAUUGUACUGCAAGGGCUUUUGAUUUUAUUAUUUUAUUGGAUGCAUCUGGAAGUGUUGGGUCUUCUAACUUUGAGAUAAUGAAAAACUUUGUUGCAGACAUGCUGUCUAACUUUACCAUUGGACCAAAUGACACUCGUGUUGGAGUUAUUCGUUACUCAAGCAAUCCAUCGAUUGUUAUCCAAUUAGGUUCCAUUAAUACUUAUUCACAAUUGGCUACUGCUGUUAGAGAUAUAUCAUACACUUCAGGAGGAACAAAUACUGCUGCAGCAUUGGAUUUACUAAGCACAGCAUUUGCUACUGCUCGUGUUAGUGAAGGUAUCCCUCGUGUAGCUGCUGUUUUUACUGAUGGAAUGUCUAAUAAUGCUGCAGCAACAGUACAAUCUGCUCAAGCUGUCCAUGAUGAUGGGAUUACUGUUUUCUCCUUUGGUAUUGGAACUGGUGUCAGUAAUGCAGAGUUAAUUGCCAUUGCUUCAGAUGGCCAACAAGGUGUUUUUACUAUCAGUGGUUUUUCAUCAAAUACUUUUCAGGCUGUUUUGAUACAAUUACGAGUAUCAACAUGUGCAUCUUCAACAGAAUCUGAGACUGGAAAAGAGAUUGCCACUACCCUUCCAAAAGGAUCAUCUCGUUUGUUAGUGUAUGUGUUUCCAUCAAUGGGAAUGACACUAAAAAUUGAUAUUACAGUGGGAAAUUUGGUGGUUCGCGGAUCAUUUACUGUACAAAACCCGGAUGUGCUAACACAAGAUUUCUCUGUCAUGAGCAAUGGAAAUGACAUUGAUUAUUUCAUUAGUCCAGAAUUAUAUAUACAGUCAACUACUGAUGAUGAUGAUGAUGGAAGUCGUAGAAGGAGACAGACAUCAAUGCCUAAUGUGUACUUGUCUAUUGCUGGAUUGAAUGAUAUCAAUUCAUUUGCAUUGAAUACUACUUUUGGUGAUACUACUUCACCAAGACCUGAUUGCUCUGGCAUUUGUAAACUCAAACUUCUUGCAAUGUCAUGUGAGGUUCUGAGGAUGAAUGGUGAACAUGUACCAGCUCCAUGCAAUAACUGAUUUAUUAUUAUUUUUUGGUCUUUUUCAUUGUGGUAGUGAAAUAGUCAAGUAGUUAAUUUUUGUUAAGUAGAAUUUUGUCUUGAUUUUUAUUGGAGAACAAGGAAAAUUAUUUAUUACCAUAAACAACGUCAUUAUUAUUUUGCCUUGGUUUUUUUUAAUUCUA